GUGGGGCAUUGGAACUAAGUAGAAAAUGGUGUGUCUCUCAAAGGACCUAAGCAGAAGGGAGUGGGUUCGGACACUGAACGGUUGAGGUUCGUUAGGGACCUCUCCUAUUUGUAUUGUAGUCCUCCUAGGUUAGGGGUCCUGUACAGCAAGGGGCUGGGCACGUGUCAACAAGGACAGAGAUUCAUUCCCAGUGUGGGGAGUGGUUUCUUUGAGCUGAUUACAAGGGAAGACUGGGAAGGGACCCUGUGGUUCCCUGCAGUUCGAUCAUUGGGAGGGAGGAGGACUUUGGAAAGCCUGGCUGCAGGGAAGCAGAUGUGGGAGCACUUAAGUUGGUAACAAUCUUUUUUCCAGUGCCCUGGUCCUCUGCAAGAAUAGGAUAAACGAGUCAGGUUUUGGUUUUGUUUAGGAACCUCCAUUUGCCAGAAUUGAGGAUUAGGAAUUCCAGUGGUCUUGAGGCCCCUGACUGGCUCAGUGAGUAGAGCUUGCGAUUGAUUUCAGGGUCGUGAGUUUGAGCCCCACCUUGGGCACAGAGCCUACUUUAGAAAAAAAAAAAAAAAAAGGUAAAUUAAAAAAAAAAAAAGAAUUUUAGCAGUUUUUCUUUUAGGUGACUCAUCUAGGAUGUGUGUGAAUGGUUUGUCAAAUUUACCUGCAGUGGACAUAUUUCACAUUCUAUCCUGGUCCUUAUGACUAAAGGGAAAAGAUACUUGUUCUGGUCUUUAAUAAACAUAGACUUAAAUGCUACCUGGGUGGAUUCCACACCUACAGGAAGACCAGAAUUUUCUUUAAAGAUAAUUUGGAGUUGGUUUGUAAUCGUCAUGGAAAGGCUGAUGAUAUAUGUAUGUAAUGUAAUGUAUGUAAUGUAAUGUAAAUAUGCAUGUAAUGUUAACUUUUAAAGUAAACCUGCCGGGGAUACCUGGGUGGCUCAGUUGGUUAAGUGUAACCUGCCAGUUAUUGUACUAGCAAAAAUGGGUUUACUUGGUAAUAGCAGAGAUUUACAAGUCUUUUUUUUUUUUUUUUUUUUAAGAUUUUAUUUAUUUGUCAGGGGGAGCGGGGGCGAGGCAGGCUCCCGCUGGGCAGGGUGCCCAAUCUGGGACUUGAUCUCAGGACUCUGGGAUCAUGACCUGUGCAAAAGGCAGUUGCUCAGUGGACUGAGCCACUAGGCGCCCCGAGAUUUGCAGUUCUGUUAUGUAGGGAGGACCUCUGUUUCAUCGAGGAGAAGGGGAUAUUGGGAGGGGCUGUUCCACAUGACAUCCACUAGGGCACACUUGGGGUUCCAGCCCUAGUGUCUUCUCAUAGGGUAGGCUGUGGCUGCCUCUCAUUGGCUGGGCUGUUGCCAGGGGAGGAGAAAACUUUCCUUCCUUUGUCCCGCUGGGGCAGUAAUGUGUCCAAGAUUGUCUCUUGCUAUUGAGUGCAGUGGAGGUACUGGGGGGAGCUCCCCCUGUGGUCUUCUGAUUUCACUGGAGUCAUGUCUCCUUUAUUCCUUUUCAGAGAGUUGGUGGACUCUCGGGCGGUUUUCACUUGCUGGCUGUUACGACUCAAGCUCCUGAGAGUGUGUGGAAAUAGUGUUGGUGCUCAUCUUCACUUGUCUUGGGUCGAUUGAUAGUAGGAGUGGAAUUGCUAUAUUGCACGGUGACUGGACAGUCAUCAUUUUGAGGACGCGCCGGACUCCUCCCAGGUUGUGCCAUUUUGCAUCCCCAGCAGCAGAAAUGCAUGAGAAGGGCACCUGGGUGGCUCAGUUGGUGGAGCAUCUGCCUUUGGCUCGGAUAGUGGUCCUGGGGUCCUGGGAUCAAGUCCUCUGUUGGGCUCCUGGGAUCCAGUUCCACAUUCUCUCUCUGGCUGUGCUCCCCCUGCUUUUGCUCUCUCUCUCAAAUGAAGAGAGUCCCCCUUUCUCAGGUCCUCACCAGCACUUACUUGUUUCUUUAUAGCCGUUCUAGUGGGUCUGAAGAGGUAUCUGCUUAUAAUUUGACAUCUAUUUCCCUGAUAACUGACAUCUAGCAUCUUUUCCGGAACCUGUUGGCCGCUGGCAUAUCUUCUUAGAAAGGUACCUGCUCAUAUUCAUUCCCCAUGAUUUGAUCGUAUUAUUUUUUCUUUAUAUUAUUGUUUUUUAUUUUUCAUGGGGUCAUAUGGAUUUUUAAAACAUAUUUAAAAUAUAGGAGUCACCAGGUGUGUGAUAAGCAAACCCCAGUUAUAACCACAGUUGAAGUAGAAUUGACCUUCUUAUUAAGUGAUAUGGGUGGCAUAUGGGAUUUUGUUUUUCCCUUAAGUUUUGAGAACAUAGUUUUUGUUUGGACGAUCUCAGAUUUUUUGAAAAAAAUGAUUUUUAAACUAUGCAUUUCACAAGUGCGGUAUCAUUCCUUGUUGCUCUGACGGUGUGGAUUUGCCUUGUUUUCUUUCUCUGUUACAAAGUCACCAGUGGCUGUUACCAUCAGUCUCUCAGGGGCUCCUCUUUCUGGCGCCCUUCUGCUUGCAUUCUGGGCACUGGGGUACAUGGUCGAGGCCCUGCUGAUUUCCAUGACUCUUCAGGAGCUGGAGCUCCUCUUAUGCACUACGUGUGCCAGGCCCCUGGGCCCUGUGUCCCUGCUCACUGUCCACCGAACCCAGGGACAGGGUGGUGUGUGCCUCUGCCGGGAUAGAGGGGACUGCGCUAGGCUCCUUGACCUUGUUGCCUUCCAGUGAGAGCAGCACUGGAAUCCAUGUUCACAACAUCCUGACAUCUGGUUCCAGUUCUUGGGGCUGACAAGGCAGUAAUCGUCCCUGAGCAAGUCAGAGAUGUGCCGUCCAGUUUCAGUGUGGUCUGAACGAGUAUUUCAUUUUUCAUUCUUUACCAUACAAGUGUCCUCAGAUCUGCUCAUUUUCAGUACAAAUAGCCUAUAUUUGGGUGUAUGUACGUCUGUAUGAGCUGUCGUCAUCGCCCUCUGCUUCGGGGUCCCAGCCCUUCCCGUCAUUGAGGGCACUGCCGUGGAUGUGUUUGCCUGUUGUCACUUCCCACACGGGUGUGACUCAGGUCCUCAGAAUGGAAUCCGGUUCCCUGCGUGUUGCCCCCGCAUCCUCCCACACACACGGGUGAGGAGGGAGCGUUGCUGCAACAGAACAUGUGGAUGUUGCAGGACACAGUGGUCUUUGAGGAUGUGGCUGUGAACUUCACCCCGGAAGAGUGGGCUUUGCUGGAUCGUGGUCAGAGGCGGCUCUACAGGGAUGUGAUGCUGGAGACCUGCAGGAACCUGGCCUCCCUGGACCGUUGCACUCAAGUUAACCCUUGUGGAUCAGGGAUUCAGCUGAAUAUUUUGGAGAAUGAACUAUCCAGUGAAGAUAAAAUAGUAACAUUUACAAGAAAUGAUUCCUGGGCUCUUUUUGGAGAAAACUGGGUGUUUCAUCACAUUGGAGAUCAGACCCAAUCCCAGGAGAGGAGUUUGAGAAGUCGUUUGGUGGAGCGGGUCUGUGAAAGCAGCGAAGAUAAUCGAUGUGGAGAAACCAGAAGGCAGAUGACAAGUCUUACCGUGCGUGCGGAUCGUCCUACUGGAGACAAGUCCUGUCAGUGCGCCAAGUGUAGAGAAGCCUUCACAGAUGGUUCUUUCCCUGAGAAUCCACAAAGAUCCCGCCCUGGACACAAACCUAGUCCUUGUGAGGAAUGUGGGCCGGCCUGCAGCUGUGUCUCGAGCCCCAGCCCUCACGUGGACACAGGCCUUGUAGAGAAACCUUAUGAACCUCAGGACACUGGGGGAGCUUCGAAGAGAGACUCGAAGAGUCACGGUAGUAAAAAAUCUUUAGAGUGCAAGAAAUGUGGAAAAACUUUCACUUGCAUGUCGUCCUUUCGGGGUCACGUGAAGGGUCACUGUGGACAGAGAGUCCAUGCGUGUGAGGUAUGUGGGAAAGCCUUCAUGUAUCAGUCCUACCUUACACGUCACGUGAGAACUCACACUGGGGAGAGACCCUAUGAAUGUGUGGAGUGUGGGAAAGCCUACAGUUGCCUCUCAUAUUUUCGAGAACAUGUGAGAACGCACAGUGGAGAGAAACCCUAUGAAUGUAAGCAGUGUGGGAAGACGUUCAAGUAUCCCGCGUCCUUGCAAGGACACGUGAUGACACACACUGGAGAGAGACCAUAUCUCUGUCAGCAAUGUGGGAAAGCCUUCAGUUGUCCCAAAUACUUCAGGAGACACGUGAGAACGCACAGUGGGCUGAAGCCCUAUGAAUGUUCGUUAUGUGGGAAAGCCUACACUUGUUCCUUAUCCCUUCGAGAACAUGUCAGAACUCACAGUGACGAGAGACCCUACGAAUGUCAGCAGUGUGGGAAGGCCUUCAGACAUCCUCGAUAUUUCCAAAGACACGUGAGGAUGCACAGUGGCGUGAAACCCUAUGAGUGUAAGGAGUGUGGGAAAGCGUACAGCAGCUCCACAUCGCUGCAGGAACACGUGAGGACACACACGGGGGAGAGGCCCUUCGAGUGUCAGCAGUGCGGGAAGGCCUUCACUCGUCACUCCUCCCUUCAAGGACAUGUGCGGGCGCACAGUUUGGAGAAACGUUACGAGUGUGCACAAUGCGGGAAGGCCUUCCGUUGGUCCUCGUCCUUACAAAAACACGUGAGAACACACAGUGAAGAGAAGCCCUAUGAAUGUCAGCAGUGUGGCAAAGCCUUCUGGUACCCAGCCAACCUGAGAGCCCACGUGAAGACACACACUGAGGAGAGAGCCUACGAGUGUCCGCACUGUGGGAAGGCCUUCAGCUGUCACUCCUCUCUUCAAGUGCACGUGAGAAAGCACAGUGGGGUGAAACCCUAUGAAUGUAAGGAGUGUGGGAAGGCCUUCUGGUAUCCCGUGAACCUGCGGGCACAUGUGAGGACGCACACUGGGGAGAGACCCUAUGAAUGUAAGGAGUGCGGGAAGGCCUACAGGUGCCCCGCAAACCUGCGGGUCCACGUGAGGACUCACACUGGGGAGAGACCGUAUGAGUGUCAGCAGUGCGGGAAGGCCUUCAGGUAUCCGGCCAACCUGCGAGCCCACGUGAGGACGCACACUGGGGAGAGACCCUACGAGUGUCAGCAGUGUGGGAAGGCCUUCAGGUAUCCGACAAACCUGCGAGCCCAUGUGAGGACUCACGCUGGGGAGAAACUCUGAAAGCAAGGACUGUGGGAAAGCCUUCAUUUGUCCUUAAAAUCUUGUAAAUCCAAUCAGACACACUGGCAGGAAGUCUUAUGAAUGUAAAGACUGGUGGGAAACCUUUAGGUAUAGUUCCUCAUAUACUUUGUGCAUAAAAACUCAGGGCUGGAGAGCAAUCUCUGUUUGUUAUAAACAUGGUUGUGCCUUGUAAGUGCCUCGUCCCUAACAGGGAUCCCCGUCAUUUAUUUCCACUGCAUGUUGCCAAGAGGAACCCCUGAGAUAAAAUAUUUCUCUCUGUGCCCUUUGUAUGAGAUAUAUUUUGUUACUUCACACAUGAAAAUUGUAUAGUUAUAUAAAAUUUCUCAUUUCCAUGACAAUGUCUUUGGGCCCCAGGGGUGACAAGUGAUGUGUAUUUAUAUCUCGUCCUCUCUUGUGGAUACUGGAAAUUCCGACUCUGUCUCUACCCUUCCUUCCAGUCUUCAUGAUUGAAUGAUGUAUCUUCACGUUUGCUUACUGCCGCUGUAUACCACACCUCUGCGCCCCACAGAAAUGAGUAAACGUGCAGGGAUGCUGAAAGAGGACAGUCUCCUCCAGUUGUGUUCCUGUUUUGGCCUCUGCUGAUCGCGCUUCAUCUUGGUUGUUCAAGAUGAACAACCGCCCCUCACAACUGAGUUCUUUUAAAAUAUCCCGUUCUACAGGAUUAACUUUUUCUUCUGAUUGUGUCCAUUUUUUAAAAAAAAUACCUAUUCUGGGUGAAUAGGACAAGUACAGUUGACAUUUUCCUUCUGGUGUGUGUUUCUACAAUACCCACGCAGCUGCUAUCACUGUCUCGUUAAAAUGACUUACUCCUGGGGCGCCUGGGUGGCUCAGUGGGUUAAGCCUCUGCCUUCAGCUCAGGUCAUGAUCCCAGGGUCCUGGGAUCGAGCCCCGCAUCGGG